AUGGCAGCGGCUCCGUCCUCCGUUUUAUUGCGUGGCGGGGGUCGUCAUCUAGCUCUUCAAUAUCCUAGAGGUGUUGCAAGAGCUGCUCGACCAUCUGCUCUGACAGCUUGUAGACAAUGCCUGCAAUUGGCACGCUCUCGACCGCCUUCUUAUUUGACCCUCAGAACUGUUCACAGCAGCUCCGUCGCUAAUCAUGGCACGCCACAGCCCCGAGAUCUCCUUCAGCCCCUUGAUUCUUUCCCCCGCAGACACAUUGGUCCUUCCCCGCAUACAGUGGAGCAGAUGCUCAAAGCCCUGGAUCCCCCGGCCAAAUCUCUGGACGAGUUCGUGAAACAGGUUCUCCCUGCAGAUAUCUUGUCCGAAAGGAACUUGGAGGUUACAAGCCCCAGUGGCACGACAAGGCUGCAUAGGGAUCCCCUACAUGGCGGGCUGGGGGAGACUGAUAUGAUCAAAUUACUGGAGAAGUACAAGAAAAGCAUCGAUGCGAGUGGGAAGCCGUAUAUUGGAUGUGGAUAUUAUAAUACCAUUGUGCCACCAGUGAUCCAGCGAAAUGUUUUGGAGAAUCCUCUUUGGUAUACUAGCUAUACCCCCUACCAGCCAGAGAUUAGCCAGGGCCGGUUGGAAUCGUUACUAAAUUUCCAGACAUUGACAGCGGAUUUGACUGGCCUUCCAGUUGCCAAUGCCUCGGUUCUGGAUGAGGCUACUGCUGCAGCAGAAGCCAUGACCAUGUCCUGGGCCACGGUGCCGGCCCAGAGACAGAAGAGAGACGGAAUGUCUUAUGUUGUCUCUCACCUGUGUCAUCCGCAGACCAUCGCAGUAAUGAGGUCGCGAGCAGAGGGCUUUGGAAUCAACCUGGUGGUCGGGGAUGUUAUGGCUGAGGAGUUCAUAUUGGUUAAGGACCAAGGCGACCGUUUGAUCGGUGUCCUUGUGCAGUAUCCUGACACUGAGGGCGGUAUUUCCGAUUUCCAGUCGCUUAGUGAUCAAAUCCAUGAAAUUGGGGGGACGUUUAGUGUGGCAACUGAUCUACUUGCUCUCACCAUGUUGAAACCUCCUGGGGAGUUUGGCGCCGAUAUUGCCUUCGGAACUGCUCAGCGUUUCGGUGUACCAUUGGGAUUCGGUGGCCCUCAUGCUGCUUUCUUUUCCUGCGCUGAAAAAUACAAGCGGAAAAUCCCUGGUCGGAUUGUAGGCAUUUCCAAAGACAGGCUAGGAAAUCCUGCACUUCGCCUUGCUCUGCAGACCCGGGAACAGCAUAUCCGCCGUGAGAAGGCUACUAGCAACAUCUGCACAGCUCAAGCCUUGCUUGCCAACAUGAGCGCGUUUUAUGCGGUAUACCACGGUCCCAAAGGCUUGAAAGCCAUUGCCCAGCGGAUCAUGUCGUUGACAAGCCUGCUUCAGGAUAAGUUACGUGCUCUGGGAUACACCGUUCCAACCAAGGGAAACACUCCUGCAAUCUUCGACACGUUGACAGUAGAUAUGGGAAGCAGCGCAGAGGCCGACUCGUUGAUUGCUGCGGCACUGGAGUCGUCCAUCUUUCUAAGAAGAAUCAGCCCCACUCAAAUUGGCGUUUCAUUGGAUGAAACCGUUGGUGUCGAACAACUUAAGGAUUUGCUAGCAGUUUUUGCGAAGAAAGCACCAAAAGGCGUCCCUGCGGGUCUGCUCGAUAUCAGCGAAGAGGGCCCUGAAGUAGAAAUCCCUGCUAGUGUCAAACGAAUGUCACCAUAUCUAAUGCAUCCAGUUUUUAACACCCAUCAUUCGGAAACGGAAAUGCUACGAUAUAUCACCUAUCUUGGCUCAAAGGACCUGUCUUUGGCACAUUCGAUGAUCCCACUGGGAUCCUGCACAAUGAAGCUCAACGCUACCACGGAGAUGCUUCCUAUCACUUGGCCAGAAUUUUCCGCAAUGCACCCGUUUACUCCAUCCAACCUCGUCACUGGGUACCAGGACAUGAUCGAGGAUCUCGAGCGGCAACUUGCUGAUAUCACUGGCAUGGCUGAGGUAACAGUUCAACCUAACUCUGGAGCACAGGGAGAAUUCGCUGGUCUCAGAGCGAUUAAGCUGUACCAAGAUUCGAUUGGAACACCAGGGAAGAGGAAUCUUUGCUUGAUUCCGGUGUCUGCCCACGGAACCAACCCUGCUAGCGCUGCCAUGGCCGGCAUGAAGGUGCUGCCAGUCAAGUGUGAUGUUACGACCGGCAAUCUCGAUCUUGCGGAUCUCAAGGCAAAGUGCGAGAAGCAUAAAGAGGAGUUGGCAGCAAUCAUGAUCACCUAUCCUAGUACAUUUGGUGUUUUCGAGCCCGGAGUCAAGGAGGUUUGCAAGAUUGUCCACGAAAAUGGAGGCCAGGUCUACAUGGAUGGCGCAAACCUAAAUGCGCAGAUCGGCCUGUGCUCGCCUGGCGAAAUCGGAGCGGAUGUGUGUCAUCUUAACCUCCACAAGACCUUCUGUAUCCCUCAUGGCGGUGGCGGACCUGGAGUUGGUCCGAUUGGCGUCGCGGAGCAUCUGAAACCUUUCCUGCCUUCCCACCCUCUCAGCGAAUAUUUGCAGUCUAGGCGUGCCACUUCAACACCAGCUCCUCCCAUCAGUGCUGCACCCUGGGGUAGCGCCAGCAUCCUGCCCAUCACAUUCUCCUACAUCAACAUGAUGGGUGCCAAGGGUUUAACCCACGCUACAAAAAUCACAAUCCUCAACGCAAACUACAUUCUCUCCCGCCUAAAGCCCCACUACCCCGUUCUAUACACGAACGCCAACGGCCGUUGCGCACACGAGUUCAUCCUGGACGUUCGCAAAUUCAAAGCCACCUCCGGCGUCGAAGCCAUCGACAUCGCCAAGCGGUUGCAGGACUACGGAUUCCACGCCCCAACCAUGUCCUGGCCCGUCGCCAAUACGCUUAUGAUCGAGCCCACUGAAUCCGAGAACAAGGCUGAACUCGACCGCUUCUGCGAUGCGCUCAUUUCCAUUCGCAAUGAGAUUGCCGCCAUCGAACGCGGUGAGCAGCCCAAGGAGAAGAACGUACUCAAGUUAGCGCCGCAUACGCAGCGGGAUUUACUUUCGACGGAAUGGGAUCGACCGUAUACGCGAGAGAAGGCGGCGUAUCCCCUGCCGUGGUUGCUGGAGAAGAGGUUCUGGCCUAGCGUAACCAGGGUGGAUGACGGUGAGUGCAAUUUUUUCUGUUUCUGA